AUGCUUCUUGGAACUCACGACCGCGCGUAUAACCAACAACAAGACCAAGCCCGCCAAGGCGAGCCCACUCGAACACCCUGCGCCGUCAACCUCUUCCAAAUCAAAUUCAGCUUCUCUUUCAACCAAAAAUCAGAGUCUAUUUUUCAGAAGCUUUUGAUUUUCAUCCAGGUUUAUCUAGCCAUUUGUUUCGCCAUCCUGGGCCUGUCGGCCUUGGCCACGGGGCUCGAGCCGAUGAGGUUUUUCUACUCUACGUCGCGGUCCACCUACGUGUGCGUGCAGGUGCUGCAGACGCUGGCUUAUGUGGUGUACCUGCUGAUCCUGUUGAUGUAUCUAGUUCUGGUGUUCUCGACUCAGGCUGGGCCGACGACUAGGCUUUUGGGCCUAGUCCAGACUUCCGUGGGCUUCACGGUUGGGCUUCAUUACUACGUGUCGGUGUUCCACAAGGCCGUGCUGCACCAACCACCCAAGAUUAGUUGGCGGGUGCACGCGCUCUACGCCACGUGUUUUCUUUUGAUUUGUCUGUUUGGUGGAGUUGACAGGGGGAAGAAGACUUUUUUGGAAGUAGGCGGUGAGGAGGGGAAAAAGAGUUAG